GGGGACGGGACUGGACGGCGAGGGGAAAAGAUAGUCGGCUGGAGGGGACACGCCCCUCGGACCGACAUGGUUUGGUGGAUCGGUUAGUGACUCAUCCCCGUAUAUCAACAAAAACAAAGCCCAGCACACCCAAAAUGGAAAAAAAAACAAAGCCGCCAACAGCAACCACUACAUAUGUACACAUGUACAUACAAUACAUAUAGUUCUAACCAGAAGAAGUGCAAGCAGUUAGUGCUUAACCCUGCGGGGUUUUUCUCUGCCGCUGGCAUUACUGUCAUUAAUUAAAAGAAAGCAAAUUAAAAGAAAUUACACACUUUAAUAGAAAACGAUUAAAGUAAUUCCCAACACAUUAAAUUAUUUCACGGGAAUAUAUGCAAUCUGACUUCUUAAGUGAUUAGUGCUUAGCAUGUUUUUGGGCGUGAAAUAAUCUUUGAACCGGUUCAAGUAACAUCAUUAGGAAAAAAUUAAAAUAGUUCUCUCUGCUUUUGAAUGUGUCUUGACUCUAAAAGAAAAUGCAAAGAAAUUAAGUCAGUAAAAUAACGAAAUUUGAAAUAUCACUUUGAAUUUUGUACAUUUAAAAUAAUGGAUUGGGGUCACCAAAUCUUUUUUAAAUUGAUAAUUGUUUUAAUCAACCAACAGUAAUAGUUUUAUUAAAAAAGGUUUAACAAAGAAACAUAACAUGUUCGCCAUAUCUCAACUGGACUACAUCAACUGACAUUGAGCAGAUCUUAAUUCCUCCUUUUUUUCAAAUCUAAAAGCAAACUGGUCACGUUGGCCACUCGGGGGUUAAGCUUAAGGAGAGUGAUGUGAUUCGAAGGCGAAGUCGACGUCUUGGGACCAAUUGAGUGCAGAGUGCAGCGACUUCAGCUGAGAUAAUGAAUAUCGGUGCCAGCAGUCGGAAGCGAGACAGAAAUAGGGGAUAUUGAGAAAGAGAAAGAGACAGAGAUAUAGAUAGGGGGUAGCGCCUUCACUUAAGUCUAAACUCGAAACAGUUCAAACGCCACGACUUUCCUCAAUUGUCACACACUGUAAGAAAUAUGAUCGUUUAGGUCGAUGAGAUUUAGUAGGGUCUAUUUUGAAGUGGAAAAGUUUGAAAAACAGUCGAGUAAUGGAAACUCAAAGUUACAACAGCAACAAAAUAAGUUCGAGUAAUGGAGAAUUUGAGCUCUAUAAUUACAUUUACCUUGAUUUAUAUAUUCAUUUUUAGUUCGAAUUAUUUGUGGAUAGGAAUGUUAGAGACGUGGAAGUUUUACAUCAUUUGCUAUCAGCUCCACUACAUAAUUUAAGGCUUUUCCAAUUUGGUCGGUGUUUUAAAUUCACUUGAACACAGUGCUCUCUCACUAUCUCUCCAUUAUUUUCACACUUGAUAUUGACUUGUGACAUGACGCAGCAUCGGCGAUAAGAGAAAGUAGGGAGAAAGAUAAAGGGAAAUGCCGCAGCAGGCGAAGGACAUAAACGACAACGUCGGCAUGGAGUCGCCCAUUUACGAGAACCUGCCCGCCGUCAUCACACCCACCACCACCCCCAAAGGUCAGCCCAUUCCGGAGCUGCGAAAGUACUUUCCCCGCGAGGCGAUCUACGAGAAUCUGUGUCGUGGCUGCGGCUACGGGGUGUUUGCAGCCCAAGGACGCUUCUGCCACUUCUGCCAGUGCAUCGUGAGCGGGGGGGUGGUGGUCAGUCCGCCCCCCGACCUACCCCUUUCGCCCAUCCCCCUGGAGAGUAGCAAUAUCUAUGAGAAUAUCUGCGAUUUGUGCCGUGGAAUUUACAGCGACAAUGAGCGAUGUCAGUGUCAAAGGGCAGAGACGUCCAGCCCCUCACCAGCGGCCACACCCACCGCCACACCGACGCCGCCGCCCCCGGCCAAGGUCAAGGCGUCGCGCUCUCUCUUAGGCUACUCCAAGUCCAGUGCCGCAACCUUGACCCGUUUCUUUGGCUCUCUUAAGCAGCUGAAUCGCACUUCCUCGCUACAGCGCAGGAUAUUCCCAAGGACACCGACGCCCGGCGGCUCCGGCUCCCUGGAGAUCAUACACAACGUAGACGAGGUGUUCCGCACCCAGGAGACCUUUGACCUGCAGCGCAUCUGCGAGCUCAAGAGUCAGCAGGCGCAGCUUAAGAGCAGCCAGAGUGAUCAGCAUAUUUACGGCCGUGUAAGAGAACCGGAGCCGGACAGCAAGGGCAAGAGAGAGCAGCGCCUGAAGAAGCCGCGCGUCUCUCGCAUGCGCCUGCUGCAGGACGAAAGAGAAAUAAAAGCAGAUGGCAGCGUGGAGGCGUCCUUGUAUCUCAACGAGAGCAUCUGCCAGUGGAUGACGUCACUGAGGCGUCAGGUGCACUACUACGAUGAGGGGGCGUGGCAGCAGCCCAAGAGCGUGCCGGCAAGAGAGAGUCUUGGGAGUCGAAAAGAAGAAGAGGUCAUCACGGUCACGCUGCGAAGAAGAACGGUAGAAAGGGUGGAGGCGUCGUCAGAGGAUGAUGAACAGAGUCUGGUCAAGGACUUUAAGAGAAAGCUGCAACUGAAGAGGGAGCCACCGGAGAGGGAGGUGCGGGAGGGGCAACAGGAGCAGGAGCAGCGACGCUGCGCCAUCACAGCGGAUUUUGUGAAUGACUAUCUCAGCGCUCUGAGCGAAGAGAAAGCAACGCAACAAGUGGCUCUGAUCGAAGAGCGUAAAAAUCUCUCCCUUCCCCAAAUCUCUCUCUUCGGUUUAAUGCAGAGUCUUGCACUGGGCUCCAGCUUGCACGUGUGUGUGCGUGGCUUUCUCACCGCCUAUGACAAAUCGCUCAGCCUGUGGCUAUAUCUCCAGCAGCAACAACUACAGCCGAUCAGUUAUCGCCGCCGGAGAGCGCGUGACUCAGAUUCAGCCGGAGAAUGGCGCCUGCUUCUCUUCCGCGGCGGUCGUCGUCGAGCGGUUUCAGUUUCGCCAGCGAUUCCAGAGAGUGACGACGUGCUGUCGCGUCGCGCGAUUCGAAUUCCGAAGCGAAGUAUUCAGAGCGCGAUUUUGAGCGAGGGUGAGGGUGUUGGUGUGGGUGGAGAAGUGGAAGCGGGAGAGGGUGUGAGCGGGGUCGAGAGCUCCACCAACGGAAGCAACAAUAACAAUAACAACAGCAAGAAAAACCGAGCUUUGAUGGCGGCGCCAAAGCCGAAUGGCGAGGCAGAGCGCCCCAUUUGCAACAACAAUUGCAGCAGCAGCAGCAACAACAACUGCAACAACAACAAUUGCAACAACAACAACUGCAACAGCAUAAACAACAACUACAGCAGCAACAGCAACACAUGCAACAACAAUCAAACUAAUGACACUGAAAAUGGCAACAGCAACAACAACAGCAACACCACCAGUUGCAAUGUCAGCGAACAACAACAACAAGAGCAGCAGCAGCAAAUCACACAGAAUUGCGUAAUCAAAGUUCGACGUCCGGCGCCAAAAGUUCCCGUUCGAAAUCCCAACACAUCCUUGAGCAAUCCCCGCCAGGCGGAGGAAGUCCUGGCCAAAUCAAACGGUCAGAAUCCAGACCAAGAGGAGGAGGAGGAGGAGGAAUCCAUCUACCAGCCCAUUUGGAAGUUCAAGACCAUGGAACCUGCCGACCAGGAGAUUAUCGAAGCACUGCCUGCAGAGGGCGAGGAUGAGGAUGAGGAGGAGGAGGACGACGAGGAAGAUGAGGACGAGGAGGAGGACCUGGAGGACUACGACGAGUCGCUGCCCUCCGAUGCCGAUGCGGAUGUGAUGGCCCUCCAGGCGGCGGCGGUCUUUGCCGCCGGCGUUCGCCACAAGCUGUCCACAUCGACGCUGACCAAGCGUUCCAAGAUGAUGCUGCCCACGCCCCUGCCCUCGCCCACCGCCUCCAUGGACCAGGGGGCGUGGGAGACGGACGUGGAGUUUAUGUUCCUGCGGGAGAGCAAGGAGGAGGCGGAGGCCGAGGAGACACUCAGCCUGGGCAGCACGGUGACGAACAGCACGGCGACCAUGGGCUCCAUCAGUAGCGCCGGCAGUGCCAGGCUACCAGCGCCGCCAAAGGAUGAGGCCGUGGCGACCCAGCUGGUGUCUCUGGUUCAUCCGAUUCUCAGGAACAUCUGCAUUUUCUACAGCCAAAAAGAUCCCGUGAAGUACAGAGCGAUAUUCUACGACUACCAGCGAUCGCAGAUCCACCAGCGCUUCAUGACCCGCAUCCGACGUCCGGCCCCGCCCCCUCCCGUCCCGGCCACCCAGCUCCCGGCUCCUCCGCGCAACGACGACAGUGGCUGCAGCUGCGGGGCGGAGGAUCAGGAGCAGGAGCAGGAGCAGGAUCACCUGGCGGUGCCCAUUCCCCAGCCGCUGAAGGAGGACUGGGAGCGGGCCGUGCUCGCCGCGGGGGCGGUGGCCGGCAAGCGGGGCGUGGCCCCUCGGGCGGGACGCAAGCUAAGGGUCCGCUCCAAUGCGCGGCUAUUGCGCGCGGAUUCGGUGCUCGCGUGGCGGGAAACGCUGCAGGAUGUCUACUGUUGCGAGGACGAGGAGGACAUGAUUGUGCCAGUGACUGACAUUCUGCGGGCCCAGCAGAUCCAGGAGGACAAUGAGGUGCAGCAGACGCAGCAGACCACGAUUCUCCAGCGCUUCAAGAGCGUCUCCAUCGGCAACCUGCGCGAUCUUCCGGGCGAGGAGGACAAGAAGUCCAUCAAGAAUCGCAUGCGGAUGAAGUUCGCCGUCAACAGCAAUGUGUUUCGCCUCAACCGCUCGCCGAAGAGCGAGAAGAAGUCGCGAACCCGUCGCGGGCAGGUGAACAGUCUGUACCUGGACGAGCAGAAGUGCCCCCUCUUCGCCGCGCCCCUCAACGCCCUGGAGCUGAACAUGACCGACCAUCCGAAUGUGCCGCGCUUCGUGGUGGACGUGUGCACCUACAUCGAGCAGCCGGAGUGCAUCGAACAGGACGGACUGUACCGCGCCUCCGGCAACAAGGUGCUCGUGGACGAGCUGCGCAAGAAGCUGACCCACCUGUACGAUCCCCGCUGGCUGCACACGGACGACAUCCACACGCUGACCAGCCUGCACAAGCAGUUCUUCCGCGAACUGGCCGCCCCCCUCAUCACCCAGGAGGCCUACGAGCGGCUCGGUCGCAGCCUCACCGACGACGCCGCCAUCGAGCGGAUGAGCCUGGCCUUCGACGACAUGCCGGAGCCGAACCGCUCCACGCUGCGCUUCCUCAUCAGGCACUUGACCAGAGUUGCCGCUGCCAGCGCCUCGAAUCGCAUGCCGUCCACCAAUCUGGCCAUCGUUUGGGGUCCUUGUCUGCUCAGCGCCAACCAAAUCCAGUUGGACAUCGGGCGCAUGAACAUGCUGGCCAAGGUGCUGAUCGAGAACUAUGACCGCAUCUUCCAUCCGGACAAUGAGCGUCUAGUUUGCUAGGCUGCCGUCCCGCCCUCCGCUGCCACGCCCCCAUUCUCUACACAUCACAAGAAAAGAAUAAAUCAGCAUCGAUAUAAGUGCCUCAAACAUCAUCACGUCUCCAUUUUCUCACCCUAUGUUUAACCUAUUUUUUUUUGUGUUUUUAAAGCUGAUAAUUUAAUUCUAUGUUUUCCUUGGCUAAGUUUAAUAUUUUUAUUACUUUAUUUAUUCAUUGGAAAUGGGCAAUUGCUGCGUCAAACCCAUCAAGAAAAUACUUACCAAAAAGACAGUAGACUAAGUUAAUACUAAAAGGGGGAAAACCCCAAAAUGAUUCGACGAACUUGUGGCGGUACAGUGAGCACUGCCUGCGGCCAACCCAAUAACAUGACGGAAUAUUACUUUUUUUUCUUGACAUCAUAUAUGAGAUGUGAUAUUCGCUGCAAAUUGCAAAGCGUGAAUAUAAUGUGUAUUUAUAUAUAUUAAUAAACCAUAUGAAAUAUACCAAUAAAGUCCAGUACAGUAGAUAGGCUA